AUGUCCACAUGUCUAUUCGAAUUUUUCCCAGUCGAAUUAUUGCAUGGUAUUUUUCAUUAUCUAUCAGCACAUGAAAUUUUCUACGCAUUUACUCAAAUAAGUACUUAUGUAGAUAAUGUACUUGUUAGUUAUGAUCGUUAUUCAAUCAGUUUAUCGUCCAUGCUUAAACAUCAAUUUGAUCUUAUGUGUCGUCUUAUUCGACCAGAACAAGUUAUCUCAAUAACCAUUGUUGAUAACGAUGAUACACCAGAUCAAUCGAAAUUAUUCUUUUCAAAAUUCGAUAUUCGACAAUUCAUUAAUCUUCGUUCAUAUGCUAUUAUUUCAUCGGAUCAAAGUAUUUUUCUACAAUUAGAUCUUUUGUGUCAAUUUAACCAUUUUCAAGCGUUGACUUUACCAAACAUUUCACAAACUUAUUGGUGUCUUUUUGGAUCACAUGUAGAAACAAUUAUACCUCGAUUGAGAAAAUUGAUUACAAAUCAACAUCCAAUAACGAAACCAUUGAAUAAUUUGAGAUAUUUAACAAUCACACAUUGUUAUUGUCAUAAUUUGGAAUACUUAUUUCGUCAAAUGAUGAUGUUACGUUCGUUGAAUAUUACUGUGUCUCUUGAUAUGUUUACUGAUUGGUCCAAAAAAAUACCAGUAAUGAAUCAUCUAAGACGACUGACACUUGGCAUUCAAUAUGGUCGAUUGACGAUGAGUCGAAUGAAUCAGUUUCUGUCAAAAAUGCCUCGCUUGCUGCAUUUUGAACUCCGAAUUGAUGAUCCAAUGGAUGUUAUCGGUGAUGAACAAUGGACACGGUGGUCUCGACAUUCAAAUGCUGAUAUCGAAGAUGCGAACGAUAUAAUCAGCGGUCAUCAAUGGAAAUAUUUAGUACCACAUCUUCAAACAUUCGAUUUUCGUUUCUGUCUCUUAAAUAGAUCUGACGAGAAGAUUCUUGAUUCAUUUCGAUCACCAUUCUGGCUCGAGCAAAAACAAUGGUUCGUUGCCUAUGAUGAUUAUCAAUCAUCACCAUGCCUUUUUACUGUACCUCGUUUUGCACCGAAGAAUAUCAUUUAUUCGUCGGACUAUAAUACACCUUGGUGUACAUCAUCCAAUCUAGGUCUUGAUCAAUUUGUUGAUGUUCUUACGUUGCCUAAAUUUCGUCCAUCAAGAUUUAACCUCGAAUAA